AUGUUCCUUACACGAUCAGAAUACGACCGCGGUGUCAACACCUUCUCCCCAGAAGGACGUUUGUUCCAAGUCGAGUAUGCCAUUGAGGCAAUCAAGCUCGGCUCUACAACAGUCGGCAUCCGCACCCCCUUCGGCGUAGUCCUCGGCGUCGAAAAGCGCGUCCAAUCCCCCCUGCUCGAAUCCUCUUCCAUCGAAAAGAUAAUGGAAAUCGACCGCCACCUCGGCUGCGCGAUGUCCGGCCUGACCGCGGACGCGCGCACGAUUGUCGACCACGCGCGCGUGACGGCGCAGAACCACGCGUUCACGUACGACGAGGCGAUUGGCGUCGAGAGCGCUACGCAGGCUGUGUGCGAUCUGGCAUUGAGGUUUGGAGAGUCGGUGCAUGAUGAGGACGCGAUGAUGAGUAGGCCGUUUGGUGUGGCGUUGCUUAUUGCGGGUGUGGAUGAGAGGGGGCCGCAAUUAUUCCACACAGAUCCGUCUGGUACAUUUAUCAAGUACGAGGCAAAGGCGAUCGGGUCGGGAUCUGAGGCGGCACAGAGCGAGUUGCAAGACAAGUGGCACAAACAAAUGACACUACUCGAAGCACAAGUCCUGACCUUGCGAGUACUGAAGCAGGUGAUGGAGGAGAAACUCGACCAUCAUAACGUCCAGCUCGCGCAGGUCACACCGGAGAAGGGCUUCCAGAUCUUGAACGAGGUCGAGUUGAAGGAGGUUAUCGAUGCUAUGUAG